AUGGGCCUCCCAUGGAUUUGUUCAUGGCAUUUCAACCUUAUCCUAACCUUACCUGAUAUGCCAUACUCUUUAAUCAAGGAAUAUCGCGUCAAAUGGUGGGAUAAAUUUAAUCUCGACCGUUGCUCUCUCAUCAACAUCACCAAAUUUUUUGGCAACGCUCGCCAAGACAAACUUCUAGUCAAGAAUGUCUCCAAAGCUAUUCCUUUGUUGACCACUAGUCAACUUACUCAAAUACCACCCAUCACCAUACCCUCCCAAACGCCUAGCCCGACGAAAUCUACUAGCUCAAACUCUUCCCAAAAAAACAAAAAAAAGGCAAAACUGAAAAAGGCCCUUCAAACUCUUAGUCAAGAACUCCUGGCUUCUUCCGACGAUGAAGACAGUAUUAAUCAAGACGAUACUCCGCUAGAUCCCAACGCCCCCUUUGGUGGCCCUUUAGCUCAAGAUCCCUUUGAGGACAUGCAUGAAUAA